AUGUUUGGCCGCCGCGUCUUUGCCAGCGCUGGCGUGCCACGCCACAUGUGGGCCUCCCUUCACAUUCAAAACAGGCGGCAGGCGCAACGUGUACUUCCGUCCCUUGCACCGCUGGCGUCGCUCACGGCUUCUCGGCAACUUUCCUCCACCGCCGCAGUGCUGAGUGCGUCGCAGACGGCGGGCGUCAUGGAGCCACUUCACCUCGACGAGGAUCUGCUGUUGUCGGCGGCGACGAUUGCGUGCCACCGCGGCUGCCUUGCCGCCCUCACCGCAUCCUGGUGUAUGCCUUUGAGGACCAUAGUGUGGACACUAGAUAAUAAAGUUCAACACGCGUUCUCGCGCCCCAUAUCGACUUACGCUUUGGCCAUGGAGUAG